UAUGCGCUGGGGGAGUCCGGUAAGAGCCAAUACGCAUGCGCAGACAUUGCUGCAAUCCUGGAAAAAUAGAUAUGUAAAAGCAUUACAGACGUUCGUAACUAGAUACAAAACAUUAAAAUAUAACUUGCUUUACUGUACGAUAACGGCAUCCCUGUGUUUUGGCGCUGAAAAUACAUAUUGUAUUUUUUAAUUAGUUAUAUAGAUCCAGCGGCCUGCGUGUGCGUGGAGGCGCUGUCAGUAAUGCGUCGCAGCAAACGCUUAAAUGGAGACGGAAAAGCAGAUAUAGCUACAAUCGAUAGAGUGUGCAUGUGGAUACUGCGGUGUUAAGGGGAAGAUGUGCAGCCUGAAGCCCAGAGACAUGGGCAUGAACAGUCAAGAGGAGCAAAUGAUCGUUGUCCUCUUCAAGCUUCUAGAUACUGAAUGUUAAACAUUUGAGAAUCCUGUAGAAUCCUUCUGUUUCAUAGCUGCACAAUAUUUCAGCAGUAGAUGGUGGACGUCAUGUUUGUCUGUUUAUGUUACCAGUUACUCCUGUGUUAUGCAUUUUCACUAAUUUGGCUUAAAUUCAGCUUCUGAUUUUGGGUCGUUGCCUUGGACUCUCCUCCUGUUUUGUUCCGGAAGGACCCCUGUAAUUCCUUUUCUAGUGCCCUAUUGUGAAUUUUUUUUUUUUUUUUUUUUUUUCCUCCUCAUAAUUUGGUUUCAUUUCCACCAAGAUGUCCAGACAAAGCGUCCUCACAGCUGCUAUAGCGACUGUUUUAGGAGCCACUCUUGGUGGCCUGCUGUUCUGGAGGACUCUGAGGUUCCAGAAGAAGAAGCGCUCCCAGGAUCUGGCAGAUUCUGACCCCCUCCAAGAGGAGCAGCUUGGCACAGUGCAACAUCCAGUGUCGUUGCCACUGCCGUUACCACCACCACCACCACCACCACCAAUAUCCAAACCUGCAUCCACCCUUCUGCCCUCACCAGAGCAGCUGCUAAGGGUGCAGCCUGUGGUGGUCAGCUCUGAAGAAGACUGGGAGCAGCUGUGGCCCUCGCUUGAGAAAGAGUUGUCAAUCUUUCCUGUGCUGGGCCUAGACUGUGAAUGGGUAAAGAGCGAGUGUGUCUCGGUCAAAGGCAAGACGGGAGCCGUCUCAUUGCUUCAGAUGGCCUCCUACUCGGGUUUCUGUGUGCUGGUGCGGUUGCCACAGUUCUGCAGUGCAGGGCAGUCCGUGCCUUGCAGCCUUGCCAAGAUGCUGAAUGACGCGCGAGUGUUGAAGGUAGGCGUUGGCUGUUACGAGGACGGAAAACGCCUCGCGCGAGACUACGGCCUGUCACUUGGAUGCACUGUGGAUCUGCGCAACCUCGUUAUGAAACAAAGGAAAAUGGGGUUGACUAAUGGUCUGAGCCUAAAAUCUCUGGCAGCAGAUCUGCUUAACGUACCUCUGGACAAAUCUCUGGAGCUUCGGUGCAGUGACUGGGAGGCAGAUCAGUUGACAUUGGAGCAGGUGACCUAUGCCGCCAGGGACGCCCAGGUGUCGGUCGCCCUCUUCUUCCACCUGCUCGGUCUCCAUUCUACUCCGUGCUCCGCCCUUAGCGGAGACGCAGUGUUCAGUCAGCUAUCGUCGCACUGCGAGGGAGUGGUGGACGUGCCGUUUCGGGGGCGAGGGGAGGAGAGGACCGCCGACGGUGAGAGGCGACGCCGGUGCCGACGGACCACGUCCGAGAGCCCCGGUUCUGGAGAUCAGCAAGUGCCCGAUCCCCGCAAAAACAGACGCAAGCCUCUCGGUGUGGGGUACUCUGCCAGGAAAUCCCCGCUUUAUGAUAACUGCUUCCUCCAUGCCCCAGAUGGUCAGCUCCUCUGUACCUGUGACAAGAAGAAAGCCAAGUGGUACCUGGACAAGGACAUUGGAGAACUCCUAAGUGAGGACCCCUUUAUUGUCAGGCUGAAGUUUGAACCAUCAGGACGGCCCGACUCCCAGCAGGACUACUACCUUACGGCCAAAGAGAACCGUUGUGUCGUGUGUGGGAAGACUGACUCCUAUAUUAGGAAGAAUGUAGUCCCACAUGAAUACCGGAGGCACUUUCCGUCUGAGAUGAAAGACCACAACUCCCAUGACAUCCUGCUGCUGUGCACGUAUUGCCACGCGGCCUCCAACGUCCACGACGGGAUACUGAAGCAGCAGCUGGCUGAGGAGUUCGCCGCGCCCUUGGGAUGCGAGGAGGGAGUACGGCAGCUGGAGGACGCCGACAGGCGGCGCGUACGCUCUGCGGCCCGAGCCCUGCUCACUGCCGGAGACGGGCUGCCAGAGUCCCGUCGCUCGGAGCUCGAAGGCGUCAUCGUGUGCUUUUUCGGCGAGGAGCACCAGGAAGUUACAGCAGAAAUGCUACAGAAGGCAGCUGGCCUGAAGACCAGGAUAUUUAACCAGAACUAUGUGCCUCAUGGGCUGAAAGUUGUUCAGGUCUAUGCAGAGCAUGGUCUCCGCGGUCUGAUGGAUCUAGAGAGACGUUGGCGUCAGCAUUUCCUCUCCAGCAUGAAGCCACAACAUCUCCAUCCACUCUGGUCCGUGCAUCACAACCAUGCGAAGUUCCUUCGGAAGUACGGCGAGGACCUAUCAAUCAAGCUGAACUGAGCCUCCUUCAGCUCUCGGCUGGACUUCAUGGAGGACUUGAUGUUCAGUCCCAGUAUUCUGCAAAUUUCCCCUCCCCCCCAGCUGCCUCAUUUGGGUCCUUGCUGGAUUAUCUCCCCCUUUGCAUCUAAUGGCUUUUGCAAGGUGUCACAGAAACUCAUAACUCCUGAGGCCAGAUGGAUCUUAUAGUGGGAGGCUGAAAUCUGAUACUUACCGUGGUUAAUCCAGAACACUAACGACGCGAGAUGAAGUCCACAGUAUUCGUGCACACUUUUAAAAUUAUUUAAAUGGCGAAUCCUUUUCACCAGUUUAUUUAAGCCUACAUUUUUAAAAGUAAGCUCCAAACCGGCUCUUAAUUCCUUACGGAUGUGGAUAGUGGACCAUGCUGGUUUGUAGCCUUAAUGUAUCCGUGUCCCCGAUUUUUGUGCAGACUGCGUUAGCUUUCACAGAUCUUCAAUAAGGUAGCUUUCAAAAUGAUUUUCGCAGAUUUAAAUAAGCUGUGACAUUUAUUUUGCCUCAAAUUCCACGUAGGUCGAUCUUCUACAACGGAUCCGACACUUUUUAUUGUACUUGGAAGACCUUUUUUUGGAUUAAUGUCACUUUUCUCUCUGGUUUUGGUCGAGCUGAAGGCCGAGCGACUGUCCAUCUGCAGGGUGGUGAGUGGCAGGUGGCUCCUCGACCCCCAUAGCCCUGUGCUGUAUGUGCUGUAGAGUAGGGACACCUCGCAUCUAACACCCCCUUACUCUAAUUGAGCACUAACCGUGUCCGUCAAGCUGGAAUCUUCAACUUCUACCUUGGCGACGAUGCUUAAUGGAUAUUCAUAUUUCAGUUGCUGAAGUGCCAUUUUACAUGUUUUCCUGAGAGUUUACUAGCUUUAUUGAAACUGCCUUGAAACAUGGUCCUGCUGUAAAGCUGAAAGAACAUCACCCUGAAGCACCUUUGAAUGUCUCCCGACUCUGUGAAACUUUAAGAAACCGGCUGCUUUUUUAAAUUUUACAUUUGUCCAGAUGUAACUCCUAAAAAAGCUGCUUCGUUUCCUUAAUUUGUAAAUAAAAGAUUAAAGAUCAUAUUUGUACACAUUG